AUGGCGACGCAAGAGAAGACCUACGAGUCAAUUCCAAUUCAAAAUGGCGGACAGAUUGGCAUGAUAGCGACGUUGGCGUUGGACGCAAGUGAUUACUGCAUCGGCGCUGCAUUGGUGUUCGUACUCGCUCUUUGCAUUGUCGAUUUCUUCAUGGUGUUCAAGGGUGGCUUCACGUUCGAUCUUCUCGAAGUCCAAGAGCGGUUCGGUCCGGACGCGCUCUCCACUUUCUUCAAGUGUAUGGCGGCAUGGCCACUUUUGUGGAACUGCUGCGUUCUGACUAGUAAACUCUCCGUUCUCGCAAUGUACAUGACACUGAUGCCCGUACGACGCAUGAUACUUUCUGUCAGAGUUGUGGGUGCUUUCGUCAUUCUGUACAAUGUCAGCGGUUUCAUCACUGGGCUUGUCAUUUGCCGACCAUACGCGAAGAACUACGACUGGGAGAACAAAGUUGAAGGUGAAUGUGGCGAUGUCAAAGUCUACUACGAGUGGCUGAGCGCUAUCAACGUGGUCAGCGACGUCGUUAUUCUUCUACUGCCCCUGCCCUUUGUCUACAGUCUACAGCUGGCAUUGAAGAAGAAGGUCGUUCUCUUUGGCAUGUUUAGUGUUGGUUUCAUGACUUGCGCUGUUACUAUUUUUCGACAAACUCUCUUGCCACACUUGGAUGCAGCAAACCCUACAGGAACCGGUCUCCUCGCGUUUCUAUUCUCCACCGUGGAGAUCGCGGUAGCUGUCUCCUUAGCAUGCGUACCAUUCCUACGACCUUUUUUCAAAAGCACCUUCGGCUCCGAGAAUCGCUCCAAGUACCAAGCCGACACAUCUAGCUACAGCUACUCGAACAAAGGAACAAAGAACCAUCGGAGUCAGGGGUUCAACGAACUGGAAGAUGACGGGUCCGAAAUCCAAUUACAGCCAGUCGAUCCUGCGCGUGAUAUUGCUGUCAAAGUUGAAACAACCUGGAAGAUAGAGUCACGAGGUGCAAUCCCGGAUAGGUCUUCGUAUGGGAAUUAUCAGGCAAGGGCGACCAGCAAUAGCACUCCGUAA